AUGGAAUUGGACGACACUUCAUCAGCGCUGGCGCUGACGCCGCCACCGGCACCGGCACCGGUGGCGGUGGUGUCCCCGCAGUUCUGCGCGCCGCACGCGGUGUCGCUGACGGUGACCAAGGACAUGAGCUUCUCUGGCGGCGACUUCACCGUCACCGACGACGACGCUAACGGCGCCGUCGUGCUGCAAGCCAAGGGCACCUUUCUCUGCGUCCGGAGCCACCGGGUGCUCUACGACGCCGCCGGACGGGCCAUCCUCCUCACCAUGCAACGGAAGGCUAAAACGGCCGGGUACACGAACAGUGAUGGUGAUGAUAGUGUGCCGCUCAGCUACGUCGCGUGGGUUGGUUAG